UUAUUGAUUAUUAUUAUUAUUAUUGAUUAUUAUUAUCAUUAUUGAUUAUUAUUAUGAUUAUGAUUAUUAUUAUAUAUAAUAUUGUAAUUGAGAAUUUGAAACGAUAUUACAUAAGGUUAAUAAUAAACAAGCGCAUCUUCACCUUUGCCGUUACGUUCUCUUUAGCCGACAUCCCAAACUUCCUUCCGUUCGAGAAAAUGGGGGAUAAAGGAUCUUAUCAUAUCCUCUUUUUUUUAAGUUUUAAGUCUACUUUGUUAGGACGGUUUAAAACUGGUACUGUAGGUCUUUUUGAUGCAGUAGAAUCCGAAAAUUGUGAUAAUUCGAAAUGCGGAAUGCGUGUUGACGUAAAGAAUUAUAAAUUCAUUUUUUUCGUGCUAAUUCUUUUAGCUUGCUACUCGGAGUUUUUUUGUACCAUGCUGGAGCCUUUUUUUUUCUCCAAGGGUUGCAGCCAUUAUGGGGUUGAGACGGUAGCGAAAAUUUAACUCCUACGCAACCGCAGUGACAACUAUGGGGUAUGCUGUGCUUACCGGCUAGUUGUCCACAGUGUUCCACAGACGUCGGUUGUCGUCGGUCGUGGUCGGUUACGGAUCGUAGAUACCUGUAAACUAACAUGUCCGCUUCGCGUGAAAGGAAAGCGUGUCAGUUGAGAGUUAUUCAAUUUUUAUCGUCUAGUAAGCGAAUGGACAUCGCGUUGUGUCGUUAACGGCUCGUGACCGAUUUGUGAUAGAAAAUGAGUUUUUCAGUAAAGAAAACCGGUGGCAGGAUGUGGCACGAGGCCCGCAAGCAAGAAAAGAAAAUUCGCGGGAUGUUGGUGGAUUAUCGUAGACGAGCCGAACGACGCAGAGAUUAUUAUGAGAAGAUUAAAUCAGACCCUACACAAUUUCUUCAACUGCAUGGACGACCGUGCAAGAUACAUUUGGAUCCAGCUAUCGCUGCUGCUGGAGACAGCCCUGCCAAUAUGAUGCCUUGGCAAGGAAAUGAAGAAAAUCUCAUUGACCGAUUUGAUGUACGUGCUCAUCUUGACUGGAUUCCGGAGGCUCCAGAUACUAUUGACGUUGAUAUUGCCCUGACUAGUGAAGACAGACAUAUCAAUUAUGAACGUUAUCGAAUUAUCGUUCAGAAUGAAUUUCUUGGUGUGACGGAGGAAAAGUUCCUGCAUCAAAUUCAUCUAGAGGAGCAAUUUGGCUCUUCGACAAAACCGGAUUCUCUAAAAGAUAAAAAGAAAUCAAGCAACAAUGCUGCCAUAGGAUAUAAUUAUGAGACUGAUGAGCCUAUUCCUGAUUCUGUAAAGCCUGUGGAAUCUGUUGGAUCGGAAGAUAAGCAAGAAGAUGAGGAUAGUGAUAUUGAUCUAGAUAUUUGCGUGGACGUGUCACAAAUAGAACCGUCUCAAGCGCACGAAAUGAAUCAAGUGGCACAGAAAUAUGGGCUUUUGGGUGCUGAUUAUUUUAGUUUUUUGACACAAGACUUUGAAGAAGCUGAGACUCUGAGACAAGCCCGGAAGCAAGAAGAAGAGAAGGCUAUGUACUCGGGUAGAAGAUCACGUCGAGAAAGACGAGCUUUCCGAGAGAAAAAAAUGAUUGGCCGUGUAAUGAGCCCGCCAAGCUAUGCCGCAAGAGAAAGUCCAGAAUAUAAUCCCUAUAGAAAAUCAUCAUCAAAAUCUCGUUCCCGGUCGGCUUCGCCAGUCAAUGCUGGUCAAAUAACGUAUAUUACAAGUUUUGGUGGCGAAGAGGAGGCUCAAGGUAGUUCUUCCCAGGUGACCUCGUCAAGUACGAAAAAAGUGAACUACUCACACUUGAGACGUAAAAGAUCUGAAAGUCCAGCCUUUAACGAGAGAACUGCAUGCAGAAGAAUUUCAAAGUCUAGAUCAAGAACUCGAUCACGAUCCCAUAGCAGAUCAAAACCGUAUAGAACUCGUGAUAGAAGGCGAAGUCCAUCUCGUACUAGAUCUAGAAGAACACGUUCCAGGCCUAGAAAGCCUAUUGGAUCCAGAACGAGGAGUCGCUCAAGACGCACAAGAUCGCGCACUAGGUCACGUUCUCGUUGCAGAAGUAUUAGUAGAUCGAGAUCGCGAUCCAUAUCCCGUUCAAGAUCCAGAUCGCAUUCGCGUCAAAGAAGGUCACGUUCGUCCUCAACAAGCAGUUUUUCGCGAACACACUCAAGGUCACGAUCCAGAUCACUUAAUCAUAGUCACUCACGGGAUAACUAUCGGAGAAGACGUUAUACAGUGUCAAAGUCAAGAUCCAGAUCAAGAUCAAAAUCUCAAUCGAGAUCUAGAUCAAGGAGUCGUUCCAGCUGCAAGAGAUCCAGAAGCACUGAGAACAAGGCACCGACUUUGCCAAGGUAUUACGGUCGGCGUGGUAAAUCUUCUAGUCUAGAACUGGAGUUGUCGGAUAAUGAAGAGAAAAGUGUUCCACCGGCACCAAAGCCUCCUAUAAUAAGCACAAGCGCGAACAAGCCAAAAGCAGGGUUAAGUACAAAUUCUGGUGGCGGACACAAAUCCUCGAAAAUUACACCUCAGGAGCGGCUUAAGAAGAAGAUGCAAGCAUUACUCAAUAGGCAAUACAAGGCCGACAAAAAAGCAGAGCAAUUACGAAUCGAAAAGAUGGAACAGCAGAGACAGGAUCGUGAAGAUGAGAUUCGUGAGAUGUCACUGAAACUGCGCCGGAAACAGAGGGAAAGAAGACACCGAUACGAGGGUCACAGUUCGGAUUCACGUUCCUCGACGUCUCGUUCACCAAGUCCUGGUCGAAGUCCUCGGCAUCAGAUAAUACGUAGGGAACGUAGGGAUAGGGAUACGAGGGAUGCAGAAAUAGAGAACGAUAGGGAUCGGGAUAGAGAUCGAGACAGACGUGACGAGCGAGAUAAAAAUCGUCAGGAUUCUCGUAGGAGGUACCGGGAUUCUCCACCUCGUUCAUUGAGUCCAAGAAGCAGUCGGGGACUGGUCGACUACUGACACACGAGAAUGUGCGACCUUCCAUCCAAUGGAAUCUAUUAAUUAGGCCCUUCCUAUACAUGACUCUUCCUUCAAUCGUUGUUAGCUUUUACGGAUUGCAAAAGCGUUUAUUAUACAAUUGCGGAAGUCCUGAUUCUGGAAGCGGGAUUCGUUCUACGUUAUAAAAUUAUGGAAAGUUUUGUUCAAUAAACAAGAAUCGUAUUUACAAA